AUGCCUGAGGCUUCGCUGUUCGACUGGCAGAAGCAGCUGCGCCACUACUGGGAUGAAGAAAGCGACAGCACUUUAAUUUUUCAGCUGUCUUCGCAGUUUGAAUAUGCAAAUGAAUAUUUGGGGGCCCCCGAGCGUCUUGUUAUUACUCCUCUUACAAACCGCUGCUGGCUUACUAUCACCAGGGUUUUGGCUAGCGGUGCGUGGGCCUGUCUUGAUGAAUUCAAUCGGCUCGAUUUGGAGGUUUUGUCUGUCCUGUCGCCUCAAGUCCACUACGACUUUGGGCUUAGAGCAGCCAAAGCGGCGCUGCUGAGGGCAGGAGAAUUGAGAAGAGAAAACCCCAACAAAUCCGAAGAAGCAGCGCUAGCUCAGGCCAUCAGAGACUCAAAUGAACCCAAAUUCACAGCAGAAGACAAACCUAUCUUCCAGGCUCUUCUGCACGACUUCUUCCCUCAACUCGACGAAGAAUCAGACAAAGACUCAGCACUUGAACAAUCUAUUAGCGAAUCUAUGAAGGCUCUAGAUUUAGUGCCGCAUGCGGAGGGGGUUCAGUUGGGUGUUUAUUUGAGACAGCUGUUAGAAUCUCGAAGAGGUAUUAUUGUUUUAGGUGCAGCAGGAAGCGGGAAGAGCAGCACAAUUGCUGCUGUUGUUCAUUCACUGUCUGAUGCUGCUGCUGCUGCUGCUGCUGAAGAAGCAGAGGCGGAAGCAGAGACCACCUCAACGCUCAUCAGCACUAACACCAACCCAGACAGGAGAAGAAGAAGCAGCAACAGCAACAACUGCAGCAGCAGCAGCAGCAGCAGCAGCACCAGCAGCAGCGAUAUUCCAACGGGAGCCGACCCCACAGACGAUCCCGACGAGGAGACGGGAGGGGAGACCGAUGGUGGGACCCCCCGUGACCGCAGCAGCAGCAGCAGCAGCAGCAGCAGCAGCAGCAGCAGCAGCAGCAACGGCAUGGAAUUUGCUGCUGCUGCUGCUGCUGCUGCUGCUGUGCAGUGUCGUACACUCAAUCCAAAGGCUGUAAAACACUCCGAGCUGCUAGGGGUUUUAAAUGAAUCUACAAGAGACUGGGAAGACGGGGUUUGUAGUUUUAUUAUUCGUCAGUUUGCUGCAGCAGAAACAAACCCUAAAAAACAAAUUCUUAUCUUCGAUGGACCCAUUGACAGCCUUUGGGUGGAGUCAUUCAAUACUGUACUCGAUGAUAACCAAAUGCUAUGCCUACCCAAUGGCGAGCGCAUUCGCCUUACCCCUUCUAUUCGUCUUCUCUUUGAAGUCUCAGACUUAGCAGCAGCAUCACCCGCAACUGUUAGUAGAUGUGGGAUGCUGUUUGUCUCUCCUCAAGCUCUUAACUGGAAAGUUAUUAUGCAAGCAUAUCUAGCAAGACUGGCGGAUUCGGUGCCUCCCUCUUUCAUUGAAUCUUUGAGGCAUCUCUUUGAGCUAUCAAUCCCUCCUUGUGAAGUGUUUCUACAAUCAGAUGGGCUCAGCAGAGACACCCCAGGCAGCAGCAGCAGCAGCAGCAGCAGCAGCAACAGCAGCAGCAGCAGCAGCAGCAGCAGCAUGCUGAGCGCAGAGACAAUUGUUGCUUCAAUAUUUCGAAUGCUUAUUGCACUCCUCGAGCUGCCUGUACACCCCGCCGUCCCAGACCCCAGGCAAAAAGGAAACAGAGAACUGACAGACAGCAAAAGCCGUCGUUUAUCUCAGCGCGCCAGCAGCGUGCAUGCAGAACGUCUGAAAUCUGCUGCAUCUCUCGCCGCCAGACGCAGCAUUUCGGGUGUACAUACACCUGAAGAAGAGCUUAUUCCAAACCCCCACGCAACAGCAACAGCAGCAGCAGCAGCAGCAGCAGCAGCAGCAGGGGGAAGAGCGGAGAACAAGGCAGCAGCAAAAGAAACAAAAAUAAAACUCAACGAUCCUCAAGCGAUUGACAGAGCAAAGAGACAUAAAGCCUACUUCACCUCCUGGGAGAAGACGAUCCCACACGAUCCCAUCGACCCCACAACGAACUUCUCCUCCCUCCUCGUUCCUUGCAAAGAAACCAUUCGCACGCGAGCGAUGAUUGAUCUCCUCAUUAAAGGCAAAAUACCUAUUCUUCUCACUGGGCCUAGCGGAGCAGGGAAGACCGCUAUAAUGAAGCAACUGCUGCAAGACAAACAAAGACAAGAAAAUUAUCAUAUAAUCUCUUUGGGGUUUUCUUCUCACACUCAACCCUCCACAUUGCAAGCUCUUUUAGAAUCCAGAUUGGAGACAAAACAAAAAGCCCUGCUUGGCCCCCCAGCAAACCACGAUUGCAUUGUUUGGUUGGAAGAUGCAAAUCUGCCUCUUCCCGAUGCUUUCGGGUCUCAGCCUACAGCGGAGCUCAUAAGGCAAAUAGAGGAGUUUAAA